GUCUCAUACACCAGUUCGAUACGCUACGCCCACCGCUACAGCGAUUCCUGCCCAGCGAGAGCCGCCACAAGCUCAUAAGCCAGCUGGGCCACACGAAAACUGAGCGCUAAAUACGCCGCCGACGCGGCAAGCGGUUGAAAACAGAUCACAAAAUGAGAGCCCUCUGGCCCGGUGGCCGCCAGCCAGCGGGCGUGACCGUGAAACUCAACGUCUACGACCUCGACAGCCCGGGCAACGAGUUCCUGUCGGCGCUCGGCCUGGGCCUCUACCACACGGGCGUCGAGGUCGACGGGCGAGAGUACUCGUACGGCGCGGGCUACGGCAUCGGCGACGCGCGGCCGCGGAGCGCCGCGCAGAACCCGGGCGUCGCGCGGUUUAGAGGUAGCUACGUUAUGGGUCAGGCCGAGUCGCUGCAGGCGUUGGGGCGCGCCGUCGACGAGCUGCGGGGCCGCUUCCCGGCGUCGGCCUACGAUCUCGUGCAGAGGAAUUGCAACCACUUCACGGACGCUUUGGUUUUCGCGCUGUGCGGGCGGCACACGCCGGGCUGGGUGAACCGGGCCGCGACGGUCGGGAGCUGCGUGGCAUGCCUCGUGCCGGCUCAGGAGAGGCACCGCGACCCGACGACGGGGGCGCCGGCCGAUCGCCAGCCCUUGACGGCGCCGCUGCCGCGGGCCUUCUCCGGGAGGGGCAACGCGCUCGGCGGGACCGACUCGCCGACGCUGUCGCGCGCGCGGACGCCGCCCCCCUCGGUGCGCUUCGAGUCGCAGGAGAUGGCUCCCGGCAAACGGGCCCUCAUCCGCAACGCGGCGCUGCGGCGCUUCGAGGCAUCGCCCGACUAGUA